AGUAGCCGAUGUGUCAUCGCCACGUCACUGUGGUCAAACGGGAGGAAAGAUGGCGAGCGCCUAUGAGAGUUUCAAGUUGCGAACUACACCAGAGAAGUUCUACAUAGAGGCUUGUGAUGAUGGUUCCGAGGAUGUCCUGGUUAUUGACAGAGUGUCCACUGAGAUGACUCUUACAGUGAGGAGGGACAUCCAUGUGUCCGCAGAGACCAGGCCAAUAUAUGGACUCAUGGGGACUAUACGAUUGGUGGCAGGCAUGUACCUGGUUGUCAUCACAAAGAAGAAAAAGGUGGGAGAUUUGCUGGGCCAUGCUGUGUGGAAGGCUCUGGACUUUGACAUCAUCUCCUAUAAGAAGACAAUACUACACCUGACAGACAACCAGAUGCAAGACAACAAGACUUUUCUGUCCAUGAUCAACAAUGUGCUUCAUACAGAUGGCUACUACUUUGCAACAGACUACGACCUGACCCACACUCUGCAGCGCCUGGCCAACACUAGCCCUGAGUUUCAGGAGAUGAGCCUUCUGGAGAGGGCGGAUCAGCGCUUUGUCUGGAAUGGCCACCUGUUGAGGGAAUUCAUUGCACAGCCAGAGUUACACAAGUUUGUGUAUCCUGCUGUCCAUGGCUACAUCACUAUGAAGUCAAGCUGCAUCAAUGGAAAGGUGUUUGAAUGGAGCAUUAUCUCCAGGAGGAGCUGUUUCAGAGCUGGUGUCCGCUACUAUGUCCGAGGCAUUGAUUCAGAAGGCCAUGCAGCUAACUAUGUGGAAACAGAGCAGAUAGUGCAGUACAACAGUGCCAAGGCUUCGUUUGUUCAGACAAGAGGCUCCAUCCCGUUCUACUGGUCCCAAAGGCCCAAUCUCAAGUACAAGCCAAAACCACAGAUCAGCAAAACAGUCAACCAUUUGGAUGGCUUCCAGAGACACUUUGACUCACAGAUUAUUCUCUAUGGAAGACAAGUCAUUUUGAAUUUGAUCAACCAGAAUGGUUCAGAAAAGCCACUGGAGCUGACUUUCGACAAGAUGGUGACUGGCUUGGGUAAUGGCAUGAUCAAGUACAUAGCCUUUGACUUCCAUAAGGAGUGCAGUCGGAUGAGGUGGCACCGCCUGCAGAUCUUAUUGGACAUGGUUGCUGAAAUGCAGGAUGAAUUGGGAUAUUUCCUGGUGGAUGCAGAUGGGAAGGUGUUGUUGAACCAGGAGGGGACAUUUCGGAGCAACUGCAUGGACUGUUUGGACCGCACCAAUGUCAUCCAGAGCCUGCUGGCCCGACGCUCGUUGCAGUCCCAGCUACGGGACUCCAUCGAUCUGUUCCUGGGGAACUACGCUGUAGACGAAGCUGAUUGGACCACCCCUUUGCGUGACCCCAAAGACUGGAAGUUCCUGACGUUGCCUAUCAUCAUGGUGGUAGCAUUCUCCAUGUGCAUCAUUUGCCUGCUAAUGGCUGGUGACACAUGGAGUGAAACUCUGGCCUAUGUUCUGUUCUGGGGAACAGCCAGUGUGGUGACAGGUGGCCUCAUCCUCUUUAAUGGACUGGACUUUGUAGAUGCUCCCAAGCUGGUCCAGAAGGAGAAGCUGGACUGAAUGUGUGUGUGUGGAAAGCAGCUAGGCCCUGGCGAGCUCACCGCCUCCUCCUCUAGCUCUUCAUCACUUCACCCCCAGCAUCAGCAGGCCUGGAGCCUGUACUGACAGAGGGUGGAGUGGAGGAGGGUUGUGGACCCCAGGGCCGGCCUCGUGUACUACAAUGGUGGAAAGACAGAGACUGGGAGUGCAUGGGCCUGCUGCUGUCCACACUGCAGCGACUGUCAUGUGGACAGGACCUGUCUGUCAACGGGUUUUAGUGGACACUGAACCUCUAGGAUUUGUUCUUAAUGGAUGUCAUUGUUCUGAUUUAAUGGGAAUGCUGUGGGACCUAUGGGAAAUUGCAGUUUGUCCCACUGCAUUCCCUUAAUGGAAGCAUAGGGAUCACAGGGAACAGCUAUAAAUUAAUUACUGUAUAAUGUUUUGCCUAUUGUCUUUUAAUUUUUGCCAAUAUGUGUCUACCUAUGUACAGCUGUUCUUUCCUGAAACCUUAAAAACCUGCAUUUUAAGGACCAGUAUCGGGUCCACAAGGUUGUCUUGUUCCAAAGACUCCAAGAAAUCCAUCCAUCUUUUGCCACAAUUUAAUUUACAUUGUAUCCUAAAUAUCUAUUGGCAACUUGAACGGUGCAGUUUUUAUCACUUCAUAUAGCUGAGAAAUCUUUCAGGUAUGUAUUUAAUGUGUUAAUGAUUACAUGGUCAUCAUGCACUGGUAGAUAAUAAUAUACAGCAAAAAACAUCAUAUGGAGUUGAUCAAUGAAAAAGACACCGCAGAAUGUAAAUAAUAGUGCAGAGGGAAGGCAGAAACUCCAUGGUUUGUUCCUGUUAGUACCCUGUUCAGCACUACAUGUAGGCUGUAUGAAUUGAAAUUGAAAGAUCUGGAUAUAUUCCCCCAUGACCUGGUAACAUUUCUUCCAGUCAGUCAUCAUGUGUUGAAUUGUAUCAUUAAAACUGACUGUAAAUGUAGGGCUUAUGGAACUUGCCACUUUGAGUUAGCAUCUAUUUAUUAACCACAAAAAGUCAUUUGUGUGCAGAAAUUUGUUUUUCAGGCUUUGUUUACUUAAUCAUUGCUCUCAAAUGAGUCGUUUGUGAGGAGGAAUAAACAGAACAUAAUGGUUAAACACUAUUGUUUAACAUUAACAAUAUAAAGGGAUGUCAAAGAUUAUAAGUUGUUCAAGAUGCUAAAUCUAAAACACCAUACAUACAGAAACGUAGAUACCUUGUUCUCAAUUUGAUGUGCAUCUGUGCGGUCGCCAUAUUGGGGAGGUCAAGAUACGCUAGUUAACACUACUGAGAGAUACAGACUGCACUACAAAAUUGACUAACUCACUUAAUUCUGGACCCAUUUUCAUGGGAUUUGGUUUGUUAAAAUGUAGAUUUCCAUUCAUACAGUAUUAUAUUGUUAUAAAGCCACCUGGUUGCUUGUCUGCAGUAUAGCAGUGGCCUAUAGCAGUGGCAUACAGCAGCGGCCAAUGACCUAUCAAUGUUUCUAAACAUCUAUGUAAAACAUUGUCAAGUAAUUACAACAGUAGGAACUGGUUGGUCGCAGUUUGUUUCAUCCAGAGCAUUAGUGGCAGACUAGCAGCUGGCUCUACAUAAAGUGAGUUCACACCUUCAUAAUAAUAUUGUUGGUUAUCAUAUUAUUAUUAUUAUUAUUUUGUGCUGGUUAUUUAUUAUUUUUGUCAUGCCGCAGCUCAAAUUGCUGAGAGCUGGAAUGUGCUAGAAACAUGAAACUUGGCACAGUAACUGGAAAUGAUGUGCAAAUGCUUCCCAAGAAACAUGAGCCAAGAUGGUGGCACUGUAAUUAAGCCCUACGUCACACUGUUAGUUCAAUUGACUUGAAAUUGGACACACAAGUCCAGCUUAAUGAGCUCUACAAGGAAGCUUCCUGGACCAUUUGUGUUCGUAGAUUUUUCUACUUUUUUUUAUUUUGACUCGAUCAACACCAAAUUCAGUAUUUCGGUAUCAUGGUGGGACUGAGAUACACAUUUCUAUUAUAAAUUAGCAGAUCAAAAUACAUGGCCGCCAUAUAAAAAAAAAUUGCGACGGGCGGGGCUUAUCAGAAAAUUAGCCACAACUCAUUAACCAUUUUUGGUAGAUAGGGUUAAGGUUAGCUUUAGUUAGUCAUUAAGAGGUCUACCCAAGCAUUUUGAGCCAGACGACUGGGGGGGGCCACAAAUGCCACAAACGCUUACCGGAAAAAAUUGUGAAUAGAAUUUCAAAAAUUUCAGUGUGCAUGGUCGGGGGCAACUAAAGUCUGAAGCACUGUAUGGAUUAGUGGAAGUGGCCGUGGCUAAUCACAUAAGUGCUCAUAACUCAAGAUGCCUUUGAGCAUCACUGGAGACACUCUGACAUUCUUCAUUUAUACAUGUUAAAAGUACUGUUUAAUGUUCUGUUCACUGCUAUUUCUUUCCCUACACACUGUAAUGGCAAUUUUUAAUGAGCAAUCAAUGUGCUGUCUCAGUGAUUGUGAAAAAUCCACGUUGUCAAACCAAACUCAGAUCCUUAUGUCUCAUUGGUCAAAUCUAAGCAUGACAGGUGGGAGAACUUUAGGUAUUGGACCACAACAAUGAAUCUACUGGGUGUGGAAAGACCUUGGAUCCUAACGUUGAUUUUUUACAAAUGAAGUGAAGGUAUACCAUAAAAGAUUUUUGCCUUUGUGAACACGAAAGAAAACCAGUUGAGCUCAUUCCAGACACAGAACUUAAAGGGUAGAAGUAAAGUUAGUAACUUGCAUUAAUGGGACAUGAGUGA